AUGCGUCUCCGGCUGCGCAUCGAGCGCAACGAACUACCCGCCGUGAACGUCCUCUGGACCGUCGACCCCACCGCCCUCAAGCAAACCAUCUCCCAGUUCCUCCAACGCGUAGACGAACGCGUGCCCCUCGAAGGUGAGUCAUGGGGACUGGAGGACUAUGCUGUGGCGGUUGGCGGCUACGAGGCGUUUCACUACAGCGAGGUGGGCCAGGUCUUCCAGAAUGAGGACGAGGUGGUCAUCAAGCCGCUGCAGUGUGUCGAUGUGAGGGCGAGGAGUAUGACGGGCCGGGAUCAGAUUUCGAGCAACGGGAUGCAUUUGCUGGAUGGGGUCGCUUUUGGGAAGCCGUUGCUCAAGCGGCCGAGACGGCCGGAUGUGAGGAUUCCGCCGAGGAAGAGGGCGAGGCUUGAGAUUGAGGAUGGGGAUGGGGAGGAUGAGGGAGAAGAUGAGCAGGCUUUGGCCAUAAUGAUGACGGGUCAGGGUGCUGAGGAGGAUGAUGAAGAGGAAGACGAAGAGGACGACGAGGACUUCGACAUGGGUGAGGAUGAGAAUGAAGACGAGCAAGAGAUUGAAGAGGAUGAAGAAGAUAGCGAUGAAGACCGAUCGCCAGUCAGACCAAGGAGAAGCCGGCGGCGGCAGCUGGUUGACGACGAAGCCGAAGAAGUCGACGAAGAUGACACGGACGAGUCAGACGACAAUUCUUCAGAAGAGGAGAGCGAUACUUCGGAGGAUACUGAUGUUUCGGAGAGUACUGACACCUCAUCGAGCGACUCAGACGAUGCCUCGAGCGAGACGUCCUGGAACGGAAUUGAGUCCAGCCCUACCAAACCAAAGACAGCGCCUAUCGUCAAUGGUCAUGACGGUAGCUUACCGACAACCACGACGAAAUUGAUCUCUUCCGACACGAUCUCUUUCACACCACCCUUCGAAGGAGCCGAGCAUACAAGAAUGCGUAAUGCGAGACGUCGUGAACAACGAAGGAUGAAGCAUCUCAAAGAAACCGGGGCGCUGGCACCAAAUGCCACUAUGGAUGACAUGCGGUUGUGGAUACAACAGCACGGCGCCAGCGACGGGAAUGACUUGAAGAAGACCAGUCGAAUCAACAAGACCAAAGCGAAGGAUCCGAAUGAGCAACAGAAAAUGGAAAAGGCUCGGCAAAGGCUUGUGGAGUCAAUUGCUGCUGGUGGGGUUGAUGUCCAAGAGAACGUUCAACUCCAGAAUGGUCCAGCACCUGAUAUUGAUAGUGGUCAUGCAGCUUCGGGGCCUGAGACUUUGAUCACGAGCAAUGGUCAAGCGACUUCAGCAGCUGAGGUUGCACACAACGAUGAGGCGAUUGUGGCAGCCAAGAGUGCAUUGACGAACAGCGAUCAAAGACGGCAAGAUGCCUCACCUGGUGAAGAAGUCUCUGACGAAGACGAAGCGCCAGAGGAAGAAUCAUCCGUCCGUCCAACUUUUGCAUUUACCGACAUGGAAGAGAAGAACGGGGAAAUCGACUCCGAAGACGCUUCUACGGCGCGCCGAGCACAUGUCAAUCUAACUAGUGCCAAUCGCCUCGUGUUUGGGUCGUUGGGCGUCAGAACUCCACGAACCCAAGCCGACAAAGACGCCUUGCAGAAGAAGCUUUCCGCACGAGCUUCACGCAACGUGCCUAGCAAGGAGGUCGAGCCUGCUAACCCAGAAGCUGAGGAGGAUGAAGAUCCAGAAGCUUGGCGAGCAAAGAUCGAGUUGUCUGCCGUGGAAUGUUCUGAUGACGGUGUAGAGCUUUCUGCUCCGCCUUUUCCCUUCAAGCAGCGCUGGGAUCCCCAAUACCAGUAUGGCAAGAAGCGCAAGAAGUCUGCCAACUCAAGAGCGACCAAAUCAAGGAAACUUGUGAACGGCUCUGGUGCUGGCUACGUCGAAUCAUACGACAAGUACAACACCAAUGGCGAGGGUGACGCGCUGAACUACGACGACCCUGAGGAUGAUGAAGAGGAUGACUCGUACUGGGAAGAAGGUGCUCUCCUCGACGACGAGGAGAAUGAGAUGGACCAGCCUGUCGAUGAUGGCUUUCCAGCUUUGCCUGCGGAUCUGGCGGGACUCCCUGAUGUUCUCGAGACCGACGCACGCGAGGGCGACUUCAUCACAUACAAACAGCUCGUUUGCUCUGCUGCCACCAAUUGGAUGCCGACCACCGUCAACCGCACCGCCCGGCUUCAGAACAAGUCGGAUGACGGUGCCUGGAACGUCACUUUUUCGAUCCGCGACAAGCGGCCUAAGGAGUACGAUGGCGAGGGUAAUCGCAUUUACAGCAAGUUUGAGAUGGAGGGUCUGAGUGAUGACGAGGAUGAGGAACUCGAGGAUGUUCUUGUGUGGACGUCGAUGCAAGAGCCCAAGCUGUUGAAACGUGCGGCGAGCGAGUAA